AUGUCGGCCCCAGCUCAAACAAUAUCAAGCUCUUGUCACAAGUGUCAAAUGUACGCGAAUAUUCCAAGGGCACCGCCUAUUACUCUCUCCACCUUGGCCCUUUUGCCAAUGGGGCCUGCACUUGAUAGGUUUGGAGUCCCGAACACCAUUGUCAUGGACAAAGGGACUCAGUUUGACAACAAUGAACUUAGGGCUUACACCGAGAAUUUAGGAACUAUAAUCCUCUACGCAUCCCCAGCUCACCCCCAGACCAACGGUCAAGUUGAGGCUAUCAACAAGAUAAUCAAGAAGAUACUGAAAAAGAAGCUCAAUGAGGCCAAGGGUCUUUGGGCUUCUAAACUCCCUGAGGUAUUGUGGGCUAAUAGGACCACGACGAUAGAGGCUACCCGAGAGACCCCUUUCUAUAUGGCUUUUGGGUUUGAGGCGGUCCUUCCCAUUGAAACGCAAAUCCCAAGUCCCAGGAUCGAAUACUUCGACGAGGGUACCAACGCGGAGGGCCUACAGCUCGAUGCUGAUUUACUCGAAGAACGAAGGGAUGUGGCGCACAUGCAUAAUCUCGCAAACAAAAGAAGAAUAGCUUGCUAUAAAUAUGCCAAGGUUCAGUCUCAGACGCUAAAGUUGGGGGAUUGGGUCAUGAAGCAGGUUUACCCAAAACCUCGAGGACUAGAUCCUUUGUGGAUGGGUCCUUAUGAGAUCGUGGAAGAAGCAGGCCCCGCAACUUUCUACAUCCGGGACAUGGACGGAGUGAUAUCACGGCACCCAUGGAACACAUAG